AUGUCUUUUUCAGAGGAGCAAUUCAUAUCAAAGCUGAAUUUGCUCGAUGAAACUCAGGAAUCGAUUGUUAGCGCAUCCAAAUGGCUGCUGUCUCAAUACAAGGAAGCUAAUCAAGUUGCGACUUGUUGGAAGACUUUUAUUUUAAAAUCAAAUACGAAUACAAGAAGAAAGCUGUUAGCAAUAUAUUUAGCCAAUGAUGUUAUUCAACAGUCGAAGCACAAGCGAAUCGGCCAAUUCGGUGAUGCUUUUGGAAAUAUUCUCGGAGAAGUUAUGGGAAGAGUAUAUCCUGAAUUACCCCAGGAUUUAAGAAAGAAAGUUAGAAGAGUGGCCGACAUCUGGAAGCAGAGACAGGUCCUUCCAGAGUCUGCUCUAAAAAGUAUACUUGCUAACAUGAAUGAGAGCGCUAUAAAGCCCUCCAAAACAAAUAUAUCACCGGAGCUAACACCGAUGGUUGACAUAUACAACGAACUAUCAAGAUCACAAACGCACGUGUCUUCGACCAAAGUUAAGUUCGAUAAGUCGAUGGAGGCUUUGGAUCCAAGUAGCGUAGUUUAUGCGGAAAAUUAUAAGACGGUCACGAAGAUUGGAAUGAUUGCAAUAAAUGCAUUAAAAAAAUCAGAGGAACUGAGAAAAAAGGCAAUAGAUGAGUUGAAAAUGAUGGUUGAUUUCCAAACUGAGCAGCUUAAUCAAGAUCAAGACAUGAUCAAUGAAAUUCAGGCAUUAGUAGCGUCCAAGGACCCUCUGACUCAACAAACUACCACUCUAAUAGAGUCCAACGCACUUCCAACUUAUGAACCCAGCGACGGCAGUGACAGUGAAAGUGAUAGUGAAAAUGAGUCUAGAGACAACGAGAAAAAGUUAGCUAAGAAAAGAAGCUCAACAGUCGCGGAAGGUGAAGAUGAGACAAAAAGGACAAAAUUGGCAUCAUUUGUUGAUGGUGAGGACAAUCAUGAAGAGACAGCACCUGAGGCCUAUGAACCGAGUCCGGCAGAGGUUGCAGCAAAUUCACCUCUUGCCGUGACAUCCAGUAUCCAAGAUUUACUAAGUAAGCUAGCUAAUUAG